GCCCCGGGAGCGUGACGUCACCGCCAGCAAGACGUAAACAAGGAAGAGAAAAGAGCUCCGCUUGUGUUGAUUAAAAGUCCGUUCAUCUCAGUUCAAGCUUCGUUUUUCACGCGUUUGCCGUACAUCACUUCAACGAGGAUUUCGUCGCACUGAAAAGGUCUCAUAGUCAUAAACACUUUAAAGACCGAAAUAUUAAGUUGCAAGGAUGGACCCCAAACACAGACAUAUACUUCAGCGGAACAGACUUAAUCUGGUCACGGCGUUAAACCCAGCAGACGUCUGCGAUGGGCUCUUGUCAAAGGGGGUCUUCACCCAGGACAUGAUCGAUGAAAUAAAGUGCAAGGGAGCAAGACGUGACCAAGCCAGGCAACUGCUGAUAGACUUAGAGACGAGAGGGAGUCAGGCUUUCCCUGCCUUCCUGGAGUGUCUGUGUGAGUCUGGCCAGCACGCCCUCACAGAGCUCCUUCAGUGUGGAGAUGCUGCUCGUCUGCCUCCUUUUGUCCCUGUACGGCCUUCGCUGAUCCCUCUGCCAGUCCAAAAUCCAAAAUAUACAGACAAACCAGCUAGACCUGAUUUUACUCAAGCACGGUUACAACCACUGAGACCAGAUCGCCUACCUGUGCUCAAUCCCCUUAGCCCACCUCCUGAUACUCACGUGGUCACGAGACCAGCCAGACCAAGAAGAGACAGUAUGCAGUGCUAUAAAAUGGAUGCCAGUCCGUGUGGGAUCUGCCUGAUUAUAAACAAUGUAUAUUUCGACCCAGAUUCGGAUCUAAAUGAUCGUAAGGGUUCCGACAUUGAUUGCAGAAAGAUGGAGAAAAGAUUUAAAGCUCUCAACUUUGAGGUUAUUUCAAAAAGGAACUUGAAGUACAAACGCAUUAGACACGAGAUGGCAUCUUUAGCAAAGAGGGAUCAUUCUGCGUUUGACUGCUGUGUGGUCAUCAUCCUUUCGCACGGCACUGAGGCUAACCACAAUCGUUUUCCCGGAGCGGUUCAUGGAGUUGACGGACCAGCUGUCCCGGUUCAGAUAAUCACAAACUACCUCAACGGCCAGUGCUGUCCUUCUCUGCAGGGCAAGCCUAAACUGUUCUUCAUCCAGGCCUGUGGAGGAGGUGAGAAGGACACAGGUUUUGAGGUUUCUCCAGAUGAGGUGGAGCCUUCUUUGGGUGGGAUAGAUGACCAGAUGGAUGCUAUUCCUAUAUCCUCCAGCAGUGACUCUCUCAGCACAUCUGAUGAACUUGAUGCUCGGGCCACCUUGCCCACGCCCAGCGACAUCCUGGUGUCCUACUCAACCUUUCCAGGCUAUGUCUCCUGGAGGGACACGCAGGCCGGAUCCUGGUAUGUGGAGAAUCUUGAUCGUGUGCUCGAGGAGAAUGCUGCCAUGGAUGAUCUGGUGACCAUGCUUAUGAUGGUAAAUGAUGCAGUCUCCCAGAUAUCUGCCAAAGGCCUGUAUAAACAAAUGCCCGGAUAUUUCAACUUCCUCCGAAAACAUCUCUACUUUCAGUCUUCACAGUCAUGAUCGUUUGAACAUUUAUGUGUGUGUGUGUGUGUGUUUGCGUGCGCACACUACAGUGGGAACACUACCAUGUACUUGAUAUAAUGUGAUUUAAAAAAAACAUUUGUAAUUUUUUACAUUGCAAGCUGAACCACGUGAACAGAACAUUUGACUGGAAUUUUUGUUUUCAACAUGAUUCUAUUUUUAGAAUUUACAUUUGCAAGCAGAAAGUUAACUUCACAAAUAUGAACCACUGAAACCUUGUUAACUGUGUAGGUGGAAAUUCAUUUUGUUUAUGUUUUAAAGUGCACAUCAGUGGGAGCACAAUAGACUUUUAAUGCAGUUGUGGUUUCGUUGUGGUAUUUUACGCUGGUUAACGGUCACAUUGUGUUCUUAAGAAACAUCCACUUGUAUACUGUGCAUCCUUUCUACUGCAUAAAACAUGCAUUUCAGAUAAAUAAAAAUCUAAAACAAA